AUGGAAUUAUCUUCUGCUCAGCUUACUGCACUCCAACGUGCUCAGUCCAUCUUACAUGAUGUUGGGCUGUCUCCUCACGAUCUCGAUGAUCACUCGCAAGCUUCAAGAUCUCCAUCAUCAUCAUCUUACUCUUCCCCAGCUGCACCUACUACACCUCUCCCAUUGUCUGCUCCAGAUCCAUGCUCUGCUAUUCUUGCAGCCCAAUAUAUCCCACCUCCUGCACGAUCCUUCACGCCAGAUGAAAUCUCUGCUGGUGCCAUCAUUGAGUAUCCUCAAACCGGCUCGUCAAAGGACAAUGUGAUUGCCCAUAUCUUUACCCUUGCUUGUGACACACACACGACAGAGUUUGACCUUCCGCAAUUCAACUUCCAGUACUCACUCGGUGAUGGUCAUGGUGGUCUGAAGGGUGUCCAAUGUUACCCUGCUCCAUGA